CUCCUCCCUCUCCGCUCGGUCAGCCGCCGCAACAAAAGCAUGGGCCUCUCGGUGAUCGCGCCGCCGGCGGGCGACUCGGCGUCCCCGGCGCACCGCCGCGCGCGCCGCGCCUUCCUUGUCUCCAACUACAUGAUCCUCGGCGCGGCGUCCGGGUGCGGCUUCCUCACGCUCUCGCUCCGCCUCGUGCCCUCCGUCAACGGCUUCCUCCUCAUCCUGCUCCACGCGCUCACCGUGGCGGCCGCCGUGGCCGGCUGCGCCGUCAUCGCGGCGCCCGACCCGCCGCGGGGCCGCGUCUACACCGCCCACAUGUCCGGCACCGUCGUCGUGUCCAUCCUGCAGGGCGCCGCCGCCGUGCUCGCCUUCUCCCGCACCUCCGAGUUCCUCGUCGACGGGCUCAGGUCCUACGUCCGCGAGGAGGACGGCGCCGUCAUCCUGCGCAUGAUCGGGGGCCUCGGCAUCGCCAUCUUCUGCCUCGAGUGGGUCGCCCUCGCGCUCGCCUUCGUCCUCAGGUACUACGCCUACGUCGACAGGGAGUGCGGCGGCAACCCCAUGCGCCGCAGCGCCAAGGUCGGCGGCGAGGACGGCGCCGGCAACUGGCCCUGGCCAUUCCAGGUCUGAUCUCAUCCGCCUCAAGGAUGAGGACGAUGCAGCAGUUUAUGAUGUGGUUGGAAGGGGUGUCUGAAGGCGAGAAGAACUGAGAACUCAUAGUUCUUGGGAGGAAAACUAGUGUUUGGCGAUAUUAUUAUUCGUUUAUUGGAUUGGGUUGUAUUGUGUGGUAGUAUAUGAUUAUGUUGUAAUGCAGCUGUUGCACCUCUAUAAUAUUAUUUGAAAUUCAUGUUCAA